AUGAUCGUUCAAUCUACACCAGUCAUAUUAAAACAACGAAAUCAAGCUAAUCGAGAAUGUCUUUAUGCAUGGUAUCCGGAAGUUGUAACAGAUACAUCAACAGCAAUACCCAUGGGACCACGUGAUAUUUAUAUUCAUAAAGGAAUUGAUAAAGAUCUUAUACAACAAAACUCAUCAAUAAAUGGAUUAAUCAAUGGUUAUAAUAAUAACAAUAGUGAUAAUGAACUUCUACAACGUUAUGGACAAACUAUGGCACCAAGUGAACGUAUAUAUCACUCAGCAGAAACACUUGAUGAAGCAUUAAGAACACCAUGGGCAUUACAUUAUGAAAUACAACGAAGACCAGCAACACCAAAUCCACCAUCACAUUCUACUGAUACAAUACGUGAAGAAAUGCCACGUCGUUUGAAAAGUGCCCCACUUGUUCGUUCACUUCCAGUAACAUCCGUUCUUACAAUUCCUGAACCAAGAUUUAUAACUCCUAUUAUUCCAGUUACAACAAAUGAAAUACCACGAUUACCAAUAACAACAAAAUCUCGAAUUCGAGCUUCAUCAGCUAAAGCACGUCUUAAUACAACGUUUCCUAUUUAUAAUGAACCAUUAGAUGAUAAUAUAAAACAACAACGUCGAGAAAUUAAAUCAGCUCAAGGAAUCCGAUUAAAAGAUGAAAUAAAAUUAUCCGAUGAAGAAAAUCAACAAAGUUGUACUCCAAUUUAUUCUGAUUUAAUACAACAACAAGAAUUUCCAUCUAUUCCUCCCACACCACCACCUACGAAUGCUUAUCAAAAAUCUAUUAAUGGUUAUCCUCCAAAUGAACCACCAUCAACACCAAUUGAUAAAAAACUUCUUCGUAUAAAAUCUGAAGUUUCUCCUAAUUUAUAUUAUAUUCAUCGUCCAGGUGUUGUUUCAGUUACAAAUAUUGAUAAACCACCUAUAGUACGAGAAAAUUCAGCAACUAGAAAAACAAAGAAACAAUAUCGACGACCUCAUCAUCAUCAUCAUCAUCAUCAUCGUGAACAACGACAUGAACCAUUACUUGCUCUAACACCUAUAUCACAAUCAACAAGAUUACCUGUUGAAAUCGAUGGUAAUAAAUUAAUAUAUGAUCCAUCAUUAACAUUAGAUGAUCCAUCAUUAAAUUUAACAAAAUAUUUUAUUGAAGGACGUUUAUAUUUAAUUAAAGGUCAUUAUUAUAAUGUUUUAGAAAAUAUAGAUCCAACACUAAUUGAAAAAUAUAAUCAAAAUUUAACUCUUCCUCAACGUCCAAAAUAUUAUCAAACAAUUCCAAUUGAAAAAUAUCAAAUACCUAAACCACCACCAGAAUUACAUUAUAAUGCAUCAGAUACAUAUUUUUAUAAUACAUUACCUAAACGUUUACAUCGUUAUGUAAUUGACCCGAAUUUUAUUUCAGAAAAUCUCAAUGUCAAUAAAAUAUCUAUGUCCAAACGACCAUUAACAGCAGCUGUUGUUCAUUCAACAAUUAAUGAUAUUAAUAGACAACAAAAAACACCAACAACUGUUUAUGCUUGA